CUGAUUGGUUCACUGCCUUCUCCGUCGCAGUUUUCCCGCAACAAACAACUGUGGAAGUCUGAAGUACCACGUCGUGAGUUAUCUGCAGAGAAAAUGCCAAAACGAGCUUGUCCUUUUCCGGAAACCUUCUCCUCCCAAUACAAAAUACAUGUCGGAGAGCAAGAGUUAAAUAAUUAUGGCGUGUUUGGGAACAAAUAUCGGCAAGAAAUAUACGCCAAGACCAAGAACCUGCUCUUCAGCGGCGCAAAGGCUGUGAUGGGCCAAAUCUGGACUGGAAAGCAGAGCCCCAGUGGUCCCGCAGAGAGUCCCGCAUGCAGCCAGUCGCUGCUGCGAGGACAGACGCUGAUUGGACACGACGGGAGGCUGACGAGAGGCGCCGCUGCGCAAGGUUCGUCCGUGGCUCUCGCGUGCUGCUGCGUGUGUCAGAAGAGUCACGGCUCCAGGACGCCGUGCUCCCAAUGCGAGCGCCUCGCCUGUCCCUCCUGCACACGGCAGUGCUCCUGCUGCUCCGGCCUCUGCUGCUCGGUCUGCACCAUCCUGGAUUACAGCGGCCAAUAUGAUGAGGUGCAGUGCUGCAGUUGCGCGACGUAGAGGAAGACCGGCUGAGGCCUCCGGACUUCAUGCUUGAACAUAUAAAGUUGCCUCUCAUGAUAUUCCUCAGACUGCAUUUUAUACCUGUGAUUUUCUUUUAUUUUUUUGUGUGUAUAUAUUUGUAUGUAUUGAAAGUCUUAAAUAAAAUGUACCACUUUUGAAUACAAA